AUGACAGAGUCAAGAAUCCAGACUCAGCGGGACCGAGAGAAGAAGAGAAGACUGAGGAGCCAACAGCAACAAACUGUCUCUACACCUCAUACAGUUUGGACGCAGAGAGCCCGAAGCAUCAGUAGUGAAACAGCAGAGAUGACGACAUCCACAAACAAGCAGCGGGAGGUCUACAACCAGCAGGGCUUCCUCUCAGCUCUGCCUGUGCUGAACCACAGGGAGCUGACAGAGGCCAGACACGCCUUCUCCAAGCUGGAGGGGGAACUUGGUGAAGCAUACACCCAGUACAGCCUCCACAAUGUUCACCUUCAGUAUCCGUGGGUGAUGGGCCUGACCAAACACACUCGCGUCCUGGAAGUUGUCCAAGCCGUCCUGGGCCCUGACGUCAUCCUACUGGACUCCCGCUUCAUCUGCAAAUACCCAACACUCAAAGUAGCCGACAUCCAGGAGAAUGACGGAGGAGGAAACAAACCUGAUGGGAAGGAUGGAGAGAAUGUGCUUCCAUAUGUGGCCUGGCAUCAGGAUAUGAGGUAUUGGGGUGUUGCAGGUGGCCCUGUUCUCUCUGUGUGGCUCGCUUUAGAUGACUCGCGGAAGGAAAACGGCGCCCUUCAGGUCAUCCCAGGCAGCCACUGCUCGGGCAUGUUGCCCCAUCGCCAAGCCACCCGCCCUGGAAACAUGCUGUCAGUCAACCAGGAGAUCCCAGAGGAACUGGUGCAGGCGGAGGAAGCUGUGUUUUGUCCUCUGCUGGCCGGACAGAUGUCUAUCCAUGACGGGUUCCUUGUCCACGCCAGUGAUGCCAAUACAUCCCAGAGGAGGCGCUGUGGGCUUGUGAUCCGUUACGUCCCCACCUGUGCUUACCCCACAGAGGAUCCGGAUCGUCCCAGGAAGUUUCAAGCCACAGUGUUGGCCUGUGGAGACGAUCAAUUCAAUCACUUCUCCAACAAAAGCACAUGAAAA